AUGGACACCGGGUCGCUCAUAAGUGACGAACACGCCCUGGUCGUGGCUGCAAAAGCUGGAGCUAAGAAGACGGUGGCGGUACUACUUAACAGAGGAGUAGACAUUAACGCGCAUGACAAAUUUUAUGGAAACGCCCUUCAACGGGCUUGCGAAGGAGGGUAUAUGGAUGUUGUGGAGUUGCUGCUCGAUCGUGGAGCUGAUGCGAAUCAAGAGAGUCUUCCAUAUGGCCUCCCUUCUUUUGCAGCAGCCUUCCGGGGCCACCUACACAUUCUGCGUCUUUUAGUU